AUGUACAGAUAACAACAAUAAUAGCAAUAUUCACAUCCCACUCAAUUGAUUCCUUCAGUUUGUACUCUUAAUACUUAGGAAGAAGAUUAAUAAGACUAUUAACUAAUAUAAAGGAAACUGUAGUGUUACAAAGAUAAUUUGAAAAUAAUUCAAAAAAAUAACGAAGACGAUCGCAAGUAUCUAUCGUCGUCUUCAGAUGUAUUGCAAUUGACUGAAUCACAAGAUGAGGACUGUGAAUAGUUACGAUAACAAAUCAACUUCCUUCAAGAUGAAUUGAGCAAAACAAAAUAAAAUAUGAUGCAAAUUAUUGAGGAGCUUACUCAAUAAAGAGAUUUACUCAUAUAUAAGAUUCAAGAAUUAGAAGCUACCAUUGAUAACCUAUCAUAGCAAAAGCAUCUUAGAAAUAAAUCCAUUCAUUCUACUUUAUUGGAUAUCACAUAUGAAUAAGAUUAAACUCAAGAUUAUAGUAGAAAAAGGACUAGGUCUAAAUAUGAUGAUCAGAAUUGUUGGAAACGAAUUUUUGAAGAAUUGGCAGACAUGUUGAAAACAGAAAAUGUUAUCCAAGAGGUUCAUAGAUUAUAAUAAAAAUGCAUUAAGCAAGAUAAGUUUAUCGGAUGCGUAUAAGACUUAGUUGUUAAAUUAACACCAAAAGAUAUAUUUGAACAUUCCAAACCUUAAUUAAGAGAUUGCUGGCAUUGGAUCAAAGGAAUAUGCACAGAAUAUAUGAAUCUAAAAAAGAUGUAAGCCACAGUCAUUGUGGAAACAUGUUCAUAAAUUCUCAAUGUGCAACCAUAAGACAUUGUCAGCUAAAUUCAAUUUCUAAUCAAAAGAAUAAUUGCCUAAAAAAAUUGA